AAAAUAAAUGUUUUCUUGUUAUCAAAGGAUUUAAAUGUUGACGAACGUUUGAUUUAAGUAAAAUCUAGUUAAAUUAGCUUUAAUCGAAUAUAAUCCUUGCACUACUUGUUCUUGUUGUUAGAUUUAAAGAUAAAUUUUAAAUAAUGGCAAAUCCCUUCUUGUUCACCGACGACGAUGUCGUUGAACCUGUCUCGUCAAAUCCCUUUUUCGAUGCUGAUCCUGCAGAUGAGGUUCCGGAUAAUCCGUUUCUCAGUGACAGCAAUCCCUUUGCGAGUUUCGCGGAACCCGAUGGAGGCAUGGCGCAACAACAACAAUAUAUCGAACAAGCAGCUCCCGACAUGAUGAGCUACCAACAACAACAACAGGCAGCUUUCGAUACGUCAAAUGAGUUGCUGGAUUUCGGGGGCGACAAGGAGAAUCAAAUGCAAAAUUCCGUCGCCGUCACGAACGACGUGGAAAGCUCAAAGAAAUCUCCGCCCGAACGUCCGGCGCCUCCGCGAGAAAUGCAAGAUCUCAUUUCGACGCUGUCAACGCAACUCGACAUGACAAGCAAUAAAUUGUUGGGACAAAUUCCGGCAACGAGAACUCCGUCACCCGUUAGUAUGCGGGAUUUGCAUACGCCAAGUCCGACGCCCGACAACCAAUUUGACGAUCUUUUGGGCGUUUCGGAGUUGCCGACAGAUCCAGAGCCACAGCAGCAGCAGCAACAACAACAAGACAUGAUGGAUCUCAUGGAAACGGACAAUAGCACAGUGAAUGCGGCGCCAGUGACGAAAACGAAGGAGGAUAUUUUGAAUUUGUUCAAUCCGCCAGCCGAAAAGAAACCUGUAGACUUUUUGUGUGAUGACAAUAUUGCUUUUGAGCCACCUGCUUCUACAGAAAUAGUUGAAAAUAAUGUAGAAACAAUAGCACCUGCAACAAAUCCUGAUGAAUUACUCCAAAUUACGGAAGAAAAACAACCCGUAGACCUACCGAUUGAAAAGGUUACGGAAGAACCUGUCGUUCCCGUUGUAGCUACCCCUCACGGUCACGUAAUGCAAGACAUCCAAAUCGACGUCGAAGAUGUUGACUUUGGCAUGCCCAACUCAUACGACAUUUGCGUAACUCCCCCAUCUGAAACCGCCGUGUCAUCUGGCGACGUUUCCGAAUCUCAAAUCGCCUACAGUCACUCGAACAUCUCAAUAAAUGACGAUGCCUCAUCCGUUAGUUCGGCAGUUAAUCCUUUCAUGAUGGAAACAGCAAGUGAUCCAGAGCCGACACCGACGCCCGUCGUCGAACAAACGUAUAACGCACCGCCUCCAAGACCCCAAGCUCCGCCUAAACCUCCCACACGAGUUGUUCCUGAGCCGGCAUUCGUUCCCGCAGCAUCCACGGAACCGGAUAAGUUUGAUUUGUUCGCCGCGAAAUUCGAGGAAAGUAAGAGCAAGAGGAAUUCCCUGACGAAUGCGGAAAAUGAUUUUCAAAAUAAUUAUACGAUUAAUGAGGAUGCAUGGGGAAGUAGUGCGGGAAAUUUCGCAAAUGCAGGAGGGUUUGGCUUCGAUGCGGAUGAUAACUUUUCGGCGAUGGAAAUUACGCCAGAUAUGAUCAGUAAGCCGGACUUUGAUUCGGAUGAGGAAACGAAACAGAUGAGUGUCGUGAUUAGACCACAAGGCGCAGCAACGCAAUGGACCGGCAAUGUUUCGUUGGCUCCUCCGCCGAAACCUGUACAUUAUUAUCAAGAGGAAGCGGAUGAACAACCGGCGAUUGUGAAUCCCUUUGAAAGUCACAUGCAAGAAGCUCCUCCAUCUAAAUUUGAACGAACAGCAUCUCAAGAAACUCCGCCAACGCCAUUGUUCGACGAAGAUGUUUCACAACCGCUGGAGGACUUUCCACGCAUUCAUUAUGCCGGCAACGGUUGGGAAAUGCAACUUCGUUCACCGAAACAGAAGAAAAUCACGGGUCAACGAUUCUGGAAGAAAAUUUGGGUGCGUCUCAUUUAUCAGAACGAAACGCCCGUCGUGCAGUUGUUUAAUCAAUCAACUGAAAAAGACCCGUUUCAAGAAAUUCCGUUACAACCAACUUAUUCUGUAUCAGAAAUUGGAGCUCAGCAAUACGAUCAAUAUGGCAAAAUAUUUACGAUAAAGUUGCAAUACGUCUUUUACAAAGAGCGUCCUGGCGUUCGACCGGGUCAAGUAACAAAAGCGGAACGAAUCACGAACAAAUUAAGUCGUUUUGCGGCGUAUGCCAUUCAAGGGGACUACGAGGGCGUCAAAGAAUUCGGAAGUGACUUGAAAAAGUUGGGUUUGCCCGUGGAACAUGCACCGCAAGCAUCACAACUGCUAAAAGUGGGCAGCAUGAACUACGAAGACAUGAAGCAGUUUUCAAUGUGCAUCGAGGAGGCGUUGUUCCGGAUGCCAUUCGGGCGAGAUCGAGCACUUACGUACAAGAUGGAAGAGGUGCAAGUCACAGCCGUCGAUGAAAUUUACGCUGAAGCGGAUGCCGAUGGGCACGUUUCGCGCCAAAUUGCACGUGUGCGACUUUUCUUCCUUAGUUUUUUGACAGGCAUGCCAACUAUUGAGCUGGGUGUUAAUGAGGUUUGGCGACAAGGCAGAGAAGUUGUUGGGCGUCACGAUAUUAUUCCUGUCGCUACAGAAGAAUGGAUUCGCCUUGAAAACGUCGAAUUUCAUAAUUGUGUUCAGCUGGAUGAAUAUGAAAAGACCAGAACUAUUAGAUUUAAGCCUCCAGAUGCUUGUUAUAUCGAGUUAAUGCGAUUCCGUGUUCGCCCUCCUAAGAACCGUGAGCUUCCAUUGCAACUUAAGGCACAGUGGGUUGUCAUGGGAAAGAAGGUUGAAUUACGAGCUGAUGUGUUGGUACCUGGCUACGCAUCUCGUUCUCUCGGUCAAAUUCCAUGCGAAGAUGUUGCGAUUCGUUUCCCCAUUCCCGAAUGUUGGAUUUAUUUGUUCCGCGUUGAGAAGCAUUUCAGAUAUGGCUCCGUAAAGUCCGCACAUCGAAGAACCGGCAAAGUAAAGGGUAUCGAACGUAUUUUGGGAACAAUGGAAACACUCCAAGAAAGUCUAAUUGAAGUCACAUCGGGUCAAGCGAAGUACGAACAUCAUCACAAAGCUCUCGUUUGGCGAUGCCCGAGAUUGCCGAAAGACGGGCAAGGCGCAUACACGACACAUCAACUCGUUUGUCGACUUGCCUUGACGGGUUACGAUCAAGUACCGCCAGAUCUCGCCGAAUUUGCGUAUGUUGAGUUCACGAUGCCAGCAUGUCAAGUAAGUCACACCACAGUCCGUUCUGUCAGUGUACAAGACUCCGAUUCAGAUGAGCCACCAGAAAAAUACGUCAGACAUUUGGCACGACACGAAUAUCGAGUUGGCAUCGAAAAAACUUCGGGCGACUCGUUAAAUCCAUAUUUGGCAGCUACAAUCGCGAAACCGGCGCCCGUUCAAGAAGAACCCGAGCUUAAGACACCGUCAGCUGCUCCCUCUGACUCCGAUUCGGACUCGAAUUAAGGACUCGUUAUACAUAUGAAUGCAAAAAAAAAAUAUCUAGAGAAGUGUUAAAGAAUAAUAUUAAUGAUAAUCCCCUGUUUCAAAACAUGUAUUCUCAAAAAAAAAAAGUUUAAUCUAUACAUAUACGUAUAAAUAUUUAAAAUAAAUUAAAAAUAUACAAAUAAUGCAUAAAAUAAAUGGAAGUAUUAUAGAUUAAUUGCUUGGAACCAUAUGCAAUAAAA